ACCCUGGCUCCUCCGUGUGACGUCAUCACACCGCGACCGAUGUCCACAUGGUAGCUAGCAAGUUAGCGUGCUGUUACAUUACUAACCUCGUUUCACAACAUUGAAGCUUUUUGUGAUAAUAUAGUAACACAGCCACGAAAUACCAUUACGUAUGGAACCGAUAAUUUCCAUUGAUAUAUAUAAUUACGCCUGAGAACAUCUUUUUUUUUGUCCUACUGUGGCCCCAAUACAGUACUUGUAGGUGUCAGCAUGGCCAAGCAAUGGCGUGAGGGACACUCCACGCCCAUUUUGUGUCUAAGUGUGUCUCCAGGAGCUGAGGGACUUCUUGCCUCAGGUUCUGAGAGCGGCGAAGUUGCCGUUUGGAGCCAAGAAGGAAACAUCUUAGGUCGCCUCAAGCUCUCAGGUGAAGAUGACUGCACCAGCAUGCUGUUCUCUCCUGCAGGCCUGCUUUUUGUGUCACACGGUGACGCGGUCACCGCGCUUGACCCCAGAAACUUGAAGGGCAUCGUGGAGGAGUUUAGUGGGGCUGGAGAGGAGGAGAUCAACUGUCUGGCAUUGAAUGAUACUGGUUCAGCUCUGGCCGUGGCUGAUGACUCCGGGGCUGUCAGGAUUGUGGAGCUUCCCGGGGGGAAAGUGUGCAGGACUUUUCGCAGACACACGAACAUCUGCUCUUCUGUGGCUUUUCGGCCACAUAGACCCAACAACCUGGUGUCUGCUGGACUGGACAUGCAGGUGAUGCUGUGGGGUCUGCAGAAGACACGCCCCCUUUGGACACUCAACCUCCAGGACACAGCAGAGGAAGAAGACGACCACCAGCAGCGUCCCGGUCAGCUUUUUAACCCCCCUCUGGCCCACUGCGUCUCAGUGGCCAGCUGUGGAAACAUUCUGGCUUGUGCCGCAGAGGACGGGCGUGUCCACUUGAUGCGUGUGGGCAGCGGCUCCAAACUGGAGCAGCAGGGGGCAUACACGGCACACUGUCAGGGAGCUUCUCAAGCCCACUUUGUCAAUUUCUUCUCCCAUCCUUACUGGCUGGCCACCGGGGGGAACGACGGGCACGUGGCUCUGUGGGACGUCAGCAAACACCCUGUGGUGACUCCAGAGGGGAAAAUAAAGGGGGUGGCUACUCCGUACAAGAAGGGGAAGACUAAGGUAAAGAGGAAAGAGCAGGAUAAAGCAAAGGUGACAGAGAAAGAUGAGGGGACUGAGAAGCCCGGACCCAAAGUGAACAUCAACCAUGGAGACAAGAUAAACUGGUUGUGCCCUGCUUUGCUCAAAGGAACACCUAGUUUACUUGUGGCAGAUCAGAGCUCCACUCUGUCAGUCUACCCUGUCUGACCCUUAGAUCACUGUAUUCCUUAUUUGACUGCGAUAUACUGUUUUCACUAAAGUGUGCUUGGACUAUACACCCCUAUUUGUUUUCCUUGUCUGUCUUCUUCCUGUCGGCAUCUGGCUGUUUUUUCUAGAAAGGACAGAACAGGAAAUGCCCUUUUGAGGCUUUGGUAAAACAAAGUAAAUGACUUGUGGGAUUCUGUGAGAAACGGGACGUUUGUUUAUGUUUGACAUGUUGAACUUGAGGGCGGCACGGCGGUCUAGUGGUUAGCACGCAGCUAGGAGACCAGGGUUCAAUUCCACCCUCGGCCA